AUGGACCGCCGCAGAUCUACUUGUGUGAAACUUUAUCUCUGCGCUAACCCUGCAGACAGCGCGGUGGAGCGCAGAGCUCUGAGAGAGGUCGUCUUCCCCAAACUACGAGAGCAUUGCAGACACAAGCUGGGAGUGGAUUUCAGGGUGAUCGACCCACACGAAUCCAGUCAUCCCAGUCACUGGCAAUGUGAAAAAACGAGAAAAGACAUGAUAAGAGAGUGCAGAGAAAGCUCUGUUGGGCCUUUUUUACUGGCGUUGAUUGGGCAUGACUACGGCAGUGCCAGUCUUCCAGCCCAGGUAGAGGUAUCCCACUUCCAUCUGCUGCUGCAGCAGAUCCAACAAGCUGGCCUCAGCACCAGAGAGCUAGAGAGAGUUUACCACAGAGAUGAGAACAGCGUUCCACCCUCGUUCUGCUUGAGACGCUCGUGCCUGUCUCAGGAGGAAAAUUACAUUGAGAAUUUGGUGAAGGUGUUUCAGACUGCUGUGAGUCUGUGUGUAAGCAAGAAGCUUCUGACUGAAGCGGAAGGUCUCACAUUCAACCGAUCAGUCCUUGAUGUAGAUCUACGCUUUGCCCUUGAAAACUGUUCUCGAGACGACAUCAAUGGACGUUGCCUUGUUUACGUUCACAAGGUCACUAAUCUUAAGGACACUUUUCCUAGCUCCGCCGGAUUAAGAUCGUCACCAAGUGAAAAAGAUUUAUUCUCCGAUCUGAUUGACAACUUCCUACAAGGUCUCAUCGACUCCUGCCAACUUGAGGCAUACAUACGCACUACGGAGUGUGACCCCCGUCAUGGUUACACCACAGCCCGCAGGCAUGCGUAUGCAGAGCUGCUCUCCCAUCAGGUGUAUUUGGACCUGAUGAGAUUGACUGACCACAUCAAAGAUUGUAGAGAAUUUUCUAGCUGUUACCUCACCGCUUUGGCACGGGAGCAAGUCGAACAGGAGGAACUGUGUGACACCUUGUCGAGGUUUUACAUCCUCAAAAGGUCAGAGAUGGAAGAGAUCCAAGCCUACGUUCUUCAGAGCGACCACCGGCGUCCACUUGUGCUGACUGGAGGUCCUUGUGCAGGGAAGUCAGUGCUGCUAGCUCACUGUGCUCACCAGAUGAAGUCCUGGCUGCAUGGCGUUGAUCCUGCUGUGAUUACCUUUUUCACCAGCUUUCCAUACCUCCCUUCCCCAGAACGCCUGCUGUCCAUCUUGAGUUAUCGAAUCCUCAGGAGUUAUGACCAUUCAUCAUAUUCACAGGAAACCUGCUUUGGAAUCAUGUCAGGCCAUCACCAAGAUGCUACGGAGCCCAAAGAUUUAAGUCAUCUGAACCUAAGCACCAUGUUUAAGGCAAUCAAAAACCCUGACAUCAGCCUAUAUGAAAGAACAGAACAUUUUUGCUCGCUUCUUUCAUCACUGCCCUCUUCCAAAAAACCACUAGUUCUGAUCCUGGAUGGUAUGGAUCAGUUGGGGCAGAACUUUGCUAUCCAAAUCAUCAAGAGCCUGCCCUCCCCUAUUCCUGCCACAGUCAAAAUCAUCCUAGGAAUCUCUUGCUACCAAACCCAACUAAUGCAGGUUAUCAAAAUACAAUACCCAGAGUGCAGUGCACCGCUCGGUGAGGAGCAGCUGGGCUCUGUGGAUCUACUGCUGGGCGUUGUAGACCGGAAGCAAUGUUUGGAGAUGCUAAUGUCACUGCUGAGCAACUCUGAGAGGAGCGUGACCUCAGGGCAGCUAGCACUGGUCAACCAGGCCCUGACUUCCUGUUGUCUCACCCUCUAUAUCCGGCUAUUACACUUUCACACAUCACUCUGGUGCUCAGAUGCAGAGGUGUCGCAUCUCCCUGACGGGGUCCACUCAUUUAUUGCUGCCCUGCUGGAUCACUUGGAGCAUAAAUUUUCUUCCUCUGUGGUGACUCGUGCCGUUUCUUACCUCAACCUCUCCAAAGUUGGGCUCACAGAGGCAGAACUUGCAGAUCUUUUAUCCAGAGCGCAUGCCAAUCAGGUCACACAAAUAGAUGUGGAGAGACUGCUUCUAGAUCUGAAGGACUUUCUCAUCAGAAGGACUGUCAUGGGAUGUCAUGUUUUAUCUUGGGUGAGCCGACAUUUUGGAAUUGUCGUGGCUAAGACUUAUUUAGACUCAUGUGAGGCCAGGAAGGAGAUUCAUUCAGAAAUGGCUGAUUAUUUUAUGAGUGGAUGGAAUGCAUGUCUUGAAAAAUCGAGCAAAGAUGAGGCCAGCAUGCAAAAAAUAGAGCAGCAGUCACUCUGGGACGCUCUCUGUGGGAGAGAAGCUGUGGAAAUGAUGCAUCACUUAGAAGAAAGCAAGAGAGUGGAGUUGAGAUAUAAUGUGUUGAUGUCAUGGAGGUUCCAGCAUGUUCUGGUGAAAGCUGGUCUCCUGGCAGAUCUAGUGACCAUGUUGAGGCAGGAAGAUGGAUCUUGGGCUAAUCAUAGGGUAUGUGCUCUUCUGGCAAGCAUACUGGCAUUCUCAUCGUGCUUCCUGCAAAGCUCCCCACUGGAGCUGCUUACCUUGAUGGAGACAAGCCUCCUCCCAUAUGUGGAGCUCUUUCCUGCACUUAGAGUUUAUGUCAAUGAGAUGAGAUUGGAAAGGAGGACAAGAAGCUGCAGAUUGGCAGUGGUGCUUUCUCCCGCUCCUGACACUGUCGCCCAUCUUCGCCAUCUCCAGUGUGACGGCGGACCGAAACGGCGCACGGUGAGCGCUGCAGGGACACAGCUUGGGUCACUCGCUAUUGUCAUGUGUGAUGGCUCUGCAUGGACAUGGGACGGCUCAGGCUUUGGUCUAGUACGACUUUCGCCGAGCUCUGAGCAGGAAAUCAAGUUUGUAGGGGUAAAAAGCAGCCAGCAAUUCGUCUUGUUUCGGACUCCAUGCAACAAACUGUUAUUGUGUGAUGUCACUGCUCCAGAAAUCCUUGAGGAGGUCAAAGCCUCACAAACAUUGAACAUGUUAGAAGGCUUUGUGGCGUUUGAGAAACAGUUUUGUGUGUGGUGGAAGCAGGACAACAUUGUUGGGCUGUUUGACGCCUCCAACAGAACUCUGACCAAUUUGCAGUGUCCAAGCUACGUAACCUGUGCGGUUUUCUGCUCUCAUGGUUCCUAUAUUUGUUGUGGCCAAGAGGAUGGCACUGUUUCUAUAUUUGACAUAGCCAGUCAUAGCCUCCGUUGCUCCUGUUCAAACUCAAACCAUAGUGCGAUUGUGUCGAUAAUCAUCUGUGAGGAUGAACAUGAAAUGGCGUGUGUUGAAAAGUCAGGAGGUAUAAAAUUAUGGAACAUUUCUGACAAAAUGCAAACGCCGAGACUUGUGAAAGAAGCCUCUGAUGGGAGCCAGUUCAAGAACAUGGUCAAUACUGAGUACUUGCCUGAAUUUAGUAGGUUAUUGGUAUGUCAUUGUAACCAGGUCACAGUGUGGGACACAUCUGAGUGGGAGAGGUACGACCACUUCUUGGCUCCGCAGGACCAAACAUUCGUUCAAGCUGUGUUCUCCCAGGAUGGACACCAUUGCCUGGCAUGCCUCGAGGCCUAUACCCUGGUGUUGGUGUGGAGGGUCCGCACAGGGCAGUGCAUUCUCUCCUUAGAUGCCAAAACCCAGCCUCAUACACUUCUCACAACCACCUCCGAUAUUGUUUGCGUCACUGACAAUGGCUGCCUUCUUGUUUGGGAUGCCCAAAUGGUUUUUGUUGCUGCUGAAGCUCCAAAAAUGAAAUGCGGGGUGAUGGAUGUGAUGGUUGAACAAACAGGUGGUUGGUUCUACACAGUAGAUGGGACAGACACAGUGUGGAGUUGGAGCUUAGAGACAGGUCUGCCCCAUGCAAACUUCCUGCAUGAUCGUCCUGUGAAAAGGAUACGUCUUAGUCAGGACGGCAAGACCCUUGUGACACUUUCGGAUGAAGAUAUAUACAUUUGGCAUACAGAUACGGGGCAGAAUCUACUACGUAUCGGUGGGAGCGGAGCUAAAGAUGUUCAUAUCACGCCCAAUUGUAAAUUUGGUGUAAGUAUUUGCGAGCAGGGACUGUCCCGGGUUUGGAAAAUGGUGCACGGGGGCGUUGUGUGCAGUAUUCACUUGUACCUUUCUGAUGCACAGGUGUCGCCUGAAAGCACCUUUCUCAUUGGCCUUCAUGGCAGAGACCUGUUGGCUGCCAGCCUGUGGUCGGGCAUAAUUAGCAAAAGCUUCCUGAGAGCAGAAAGCUCUGAAAAUGUUGUCGCUUUCCGCACACUUUCCCAACAUGCCGAUUUCGUGGCCGUGAUAGUAGCAUCAGGUGGGGUCUACACAUGGAAGAUGUCCGAUGACACAGUGUGCAGGCACUUUCAGCUGCCAGGAAUGUUUUACUGUCAGCCACAAAACUUUCAGAUGACAUCAAAUGGGAGCUUUGCAUUGUUGUCUAUCGAUCAUGAAGCUAUCACCCUCUUAGACGUGUCUCACGUCAGGUUGUGCUCAUUUAAAGCUGAGGGUUCUGUAAUAAAAGCCUGCAUGGAUGAAACUGGAUCUUAUAUUGCUUACAUAUCACAGCAAACAAGUCAAGAGAGUCAGAGAUGUGCCUGUCCUCAGCAUGCACAUCCCAUUCUCAAUGUGGUGCAACUCUCGGAUGGAAAGAGAGUUGGCAGGGUGUUUCUGGGUAAGGAUCCGUCGACUAUGCUUGUGAACGGACAGCAGUGUGUGUUUGUUGGGUUUCGGGAUGGGUCAGUAGGUGUGUAUUCUAUUUCUGGGUCCUUGACAGAUGUCGAGAAAGGCAGACGAAAUGCAGAAAUCCACGCCGGCCACAAGAUCCUUCCUCUCGAUGAAGUCGCGAAAGGUGAUCACAGAUUGAAUUUCCAGAGAGCCCUGCAGCGUGCAAAGAUAAGGCAGGAAGAUUUUGACGAGUUUAGAUACAACUGCGUUGAACUUUCAGAGUACGUCAAUAUCCAGAGGGAGCAGGUUGAAAGCAAGAUUAAAAAGGAUUUUGAGGAGCUUCGGCGCUUCCUGCAGGUUGAAGAGGAGGCCAAAUUGUCUGCGGUGAGGGAGGAAGCACAGAAGAAGAGUCAGAUGAUGGAAGAGAAGAUUGCAGCUCUCAGCAGAGACAUGUCCAUGCUCUCUGCCUCCAGACCAAAUGGCAGGACGCCCUGUCCCAACACAAGGAACAUCGGAGAACACCUGAUAUCCAAAUGA